GUACUUAUGGACAUCAAGGUUAACAUCGAUGGAGUACUCAGAGAAGUGUGUGGGAUUAACGAAGGAACAACAUGUGAAGAAGUGAUUUUUAAGCUUGCACAGAUUGCUAGUUUGCCUGGAUUCUAUACUCUGGUUGCCAGCUGCAGAGAUAAAGAAAUUACACUAUCUCCAGAGGAGAAAAUUAUAAAUUUCAUUAAAGAAACUAAAGAAAAUCCAUCUAACAUAUGUUUUAUUCUUCGUCGAUUGGAGGCUGUAUCUCCUUUCUCUCCGAAAAUCCCCAAAGCAUAUCCUCCUAUUCCCAAUCAUCAGCCGACAAGUCGUCCUCAUCAACAGUCCUCUCGUAGUUCAUCACGACGUUCUAAUGUUCCAGUGACAUCUGAAAAUAAAGAAUUAUAUUCCUCUACUUCAUCAUCCUUACCGAUUCCAGCUCAGCAAUAUGCUAGCUCUGCAAAGCAAUCAAGAAUUUAUCGUUGUGAUCCUAGUCAUGAACUAAUUCAUUCUACCUUAGUAACCAGUGCUGCUGGUGAAGAAAAAUCAUAUCACGAUGUUGAUCAAUAUAAUCAACUUAAAGAUCAAUUGGCAUAUCAAGAACAACAAGUUGAACUCAAUCGGAUACGGUUGCUUCGAUUAGACAAGGAAAUCAAUCAUUUAGAACAGUCAGCCCGAUUUGGUGGUAAUAACAACAAUAGUAAUAGUAAUAAAGAUGGUUAUUCUACGUUGGAUUUAUUAAGUGGAUCGGCUGUUGGUCCUGUGGCAGAAUUGGCCCAACUAGCAGCUACACCAUGGUCACAAUUAUUAGAUACAAAUCGUGCCAGACAACGUGAAUUAUUAUCAGAAUGUGAACGGCAUAAAAUUGCUAUCGACCAAGUGGAUACUCAUUUAGCUAAAACAAAAAUGAAUUUAUCUCAACUAGAAAAUCAAAUCAGUCAAGAGUUAAAUCAAUUGCUCAAUGAAUUGGAAGGAUAUAAUCAGCAUAGAAGGUUACUACUGAAAUCAGCCGGAAGUAGUAGCUCACAACCUCGUCCUAGAACAACUAUUAAUAAUCCAUCAGAGGUGGCAAGCGAUGGUGUUGCUGUAUAAAAUAAAUGAAUUAUACUACCGUCAUAUUAUGUGCAAAUAUUUGAACAUAAACACAAUAAAUAUUAUCUCAUGUAAAUUAUCUAGUUUCAUGAAGGUACAAUCUUUUUUUAUUUUCAUGAUAAUCUUUUUUCUUAAUAUACAAUAUCCUAUGCAUAAA